AUGCACGCUCUGACCCUUGGCCUUCUCGCCAUCCAAGCGGCUUCCGCUGUUCUGGGCAACCCUGUCCCUCAGACCGACGAUGGAGCCGCCGCCGCAGCCGAGGGCGUCGAGAAGCUCGCUGCCCUCGCCCAGUCCGCCUACGAGAAGUCGGAGGAGAUGAUCAGCAGCGGAGAGAUCCAGAAGCGCGGAAGUUCCUGUUCACUGGGCAACAUCAAGAUCCGCCGGGAAUGGGGGUCCCUCCGUAGAGAGGAGAAGCUCGACUACGUCAAGGCAGUGCAGUGCCUCCAGUCCAAGCCUGCGCGUUCCCCCUCCGACAUAGUUCCUGGUGCCAAGAACCGGUUCGACGACUUUGUCGCCACGCACAUCAACCAGACCUUCACCAUCCACUUCACCGGGACUUUCUUGUCAUGGCACCGAUAUUACACCUGGCUGUAUGAAGAGGCGCUCCGAGAGGAGUGCGGCUACAAGGGCACCCAGCCGUACUGGGAUUGGGCCAAGACCGCCGUCACUGGCGUCGACAACUCACCAAUCUUCGACGGCAGCGAGACGUCCAUGUCUGGCAACGGAGAGUUUAUCCCUAACCAAGGCGACAUCAUCCUCACCAACCCGGACGGCUCCGAAGCCGCUCGUCUGCCUUCCGGCACCGGCGGUGGAUGUGUCACCACCGGCCCUUUCAAGAACAUGUCCGUCAACCUCGGGCCUCUCGCCCUCUCUCUCCCGGGCGGGGGCACCGAGAUAAACCCGGACGGGCUGUUCGCCUACAACCCUCGCUGCCUCAAGCGCGACCUGACCACCGCCAUCAACCGCAUGUACUCCAACGCCUCGGCAGUGCUUCACAACAUCCUUGUGCCUCAGGACGUCGGGAAGUUCCAGCUCGAGAUGCAGGGUGACCCCGAGACCGGGACCAUGGGGAUGGGUAUCCACGGAGGCGGCCACUUUACUCUGGGCGGCGAUCCUGGCCGCGACUUCUUCGUGUCGCCCUCGGACCCUGCGUUCUAUCUCCACCACGCGAACAUCGACCGGGUCUGGUGGAUGUGGCAGAUGUUGUCUCCUAACGACCGUCAGUUUGCCGAGGAUGCCGUCAUGGGGACCAACACGUUCCUGAACCAGCCCCCCAGCGCCAACACGACUUUGGACGACAUUCUCGAGUACGGGUAUGCUGCUGGACCUCCUCUGAAGAUCCGCGAUACUCUGAGCACUUUCGCCGGGCCGUUCUGCUAUCUGUAUUUGUAA